GGCUGCUGGAGCCCUGUCUUCAGAGAGGGCCCCAUCCGGUCCUGAGCCAGGUCCAUCAACCUAUUGAAGUGGACCUGUAACAACCAUCUGCCUAAGGUCUCAGGCUGGUCCCCGUACAGAUGCUUCCAGCCCUGCUCUGACACCCACUGGGCAGGAGAGAAAUGGCAUUUAAUGACUGCUUCAGUUUGACCUACCCUGGAAACCCCCACCCGGGGGACUUGAUUGAAGUGUUCCGUCCUGGCUAUCAGCACUGGGCCUUGUACUUGGGUGAUGGUUACGUGAUCAACAUAGCUCCUACAGAUGGCAUCCCUUCAGCCUUCACAAGCGCCAAGUCUGUGUUCAGCACAAGGGCCUUGGUGAAGAUGCAGCUGUUGAAGGACGUGGUGGGAAAUGACACAUACAGAAUAAACAACAAAUAUGAUGGCACAUACACCCCUCUCCCAGUGGAGGAAGUCAUUCAGCGGUCGGAGUUUGUUGUAGGACAGGAGGUGACAUAUGACAUCCUGGACAACAACUGUGAGCAUUUUGUGACUUUGCUUCGCUAUGGAGAAGGAGUCUCAGAGCAGGCCAACCGAGCAGUAAGUACUAUUGGAUUGGUGACAGCUGUUGUUAGUACCUUCUCAUUCCUGGGCUUGUUUCCAAAAAAACAAAGAACAAAAUUCCAUUAACAAUUUAUCGAAGAUAUUGGAGCUGAAGCAAGUUGCAAGGAGGAAAAAAAAAGAAAACCUGAAAUGAAUUCUUAUUUUCAACACAUCAUUAUUGUUCCACAUUCUAGUGAUGGAUGGCGUGCUCUUUAAUAAAUUGCUUACUGAUAUUA